UGGCUGGCCCAGCCAACGGCCUGACAUUCUCUCCUGAAGCGUCGUCGAGUACACAACACGUCAAAACGAGCUCUCAAGUCAACCGACCUCAAAGCCCUAAUUCUUAUAAACCAAGACACUAACUCAGCAUCCAACAACAUGACUGAAACAGCCACCGCUACCGUAACCGCUCCCCCUAAGGUCGUCAAGGCCAAGAAGGCCGCCGCCAAGCCCAAGGCCGCCGCUAGCCAUCCCACAUAUUUGGUUAUGGCCCAGGCUGCCGUGGCCGCAUUGAAAGACCGCACAGGAUCCUCGCGUCAAGCCGUACUGAAGUACAUCAUGGCCAAUUACAAAUUGGGCAACGACCAGAAGAUCGUCAACUCUCGCCUCAAAUUGGCUCUUCGUAGUGGCGUGACCAAGGGUGCCUUGAAGCAUGUGGGCAAGGGUACCGGAGCCAGCGGCUCGUUCAAGUUGGCCGAGAAGGUCAAAGCCCCAAAGAAGACCAAAGCGAAGAAGGUUGUCGGUGCCACUACACCCGCCAAGAAGGCACCCGCCAAGGCCAAAAAGUCUCCCGUCAAGAAAGCUGCCGGCAAGGCAAAGGCUACCAAGAAAACUUCCCCUAAGAAGGUCGCUGCCAAGCCCAAGAAGUCCCCCGCUAAGAAGCCCGUCACCAAGAAGCCCAAGACUCCCAAGAAGGCUGUGGCUGCGAGCGGUGGUGCUCCAGCUGCCAAGAAGGCCAAGACCGUUAAGAAGGCCCCGGCUAAGAAGUCGCCCGCCAAGAAGGUUGCAAGUGGGAAGAAGGCUAAGAAGUAGAUCGACCUCCUCUAUAUUGGAGGGGAACAAGUACAAAUGUUUUUCACGCUCUCGUGCCCGCAUUUCGAGACUCCUCAACUAGCUUGAGGUCGCGGAGCCGAAACCGUUCUUCUCAUUACUCUUCUAUAUUUUGACUGCUAUGCCCACUCAUUAUGUUCUUUUGUAGCAAAAGAACUCCAGUCGGGAGCCACGGUGCUUCCUCUUAAUAUGUCGCCGUAGAGUUUCUAUUGUCAAAUAUUGGUAUAAAGAUUGCCCCCCACAUGAACCUGUGUCCCCGUUACCUUGUCCCAAAGAAAGAAAAUAUCAAACCUGAAUAAAAACUAAUAUUUCGCUGA